AUGGCUACCACAUCAGCCGUUCCCCAAACGAACGGAAUUCCAGCCUCGUCCGCCGGAAGCAACUCCCAGACCGUUGUUGGCACGCAGUCGCAACCGCAGAUGAGCCAGGGCACCUCCCAGCAGCCGACGCAGACUUCACAAUCCCAAUCACAGCCGCCGGGCGCGCCGACCUCGCCCACCGCCGCGGCGCCGCGGCCGCGCGACCAGCGGACGCUCGAGCUGCUGCUGACGGCGCAAGGCGUGACGGCCUUCGAGGCGCGCGUGCCGCUGCUGCUCCUCGACUUCGCCUACCGCCACACCUCGAGCGUGCUCUCUGACGCACUGCACCUCUCCGCCGACCCCUACACCUCGCACGCUGGCAGCCGGCCGUCUGCCACGGCGGGCGGCACGGCAUCAGUACCGGCGAGUGGCGGCGAUGCCACCGUCUCGGCGAACGCCAUCCAGCUUGCGAUCCAGGCGCGGCUGGCGUACCAGUUCAGGGGAGGCGGGGGUGCUACCGGCGGAGGCGGCGCCUCCAAGGAUUAUCUGCAGAAGGUGGCAGAUGAGCGAAACCGCAUAGCGCUACCGCGCGUGGCGCCGAGCGAGUGGGGUGUGCGGCUGCCGAGCGAGCGCUUCGUUCUCAGCGGCGCGGGCUGGGGCCUGCGGGAUGUAUGGGCGGGGCAGGAGGACGACAGCGAUGACGAAGAGGGCGAUGGGGAUGUGGCCAUGGAGGAUGCCAUGGAGGGCAUAGAGGGGGGAGACAAGCAACCCGACGCCGAAGACGUGGGCGGCGACGGCGUGGAAGGGGGCACGAUGGAGGAUAUGUUUGGCGAGGAGAUGGAGGAUGAGGUCAUGGCAGAGGAGUGA